AUGCGUAUAGUUUAUGGUAAACAUUUCAAAUAUGUAGCUACUCGGAUGGCAGAAUAUGAAGUACUUGAAAAAUACAUAAUUAAUAUACAUUCUUAUGUUUAUACUUCGUGCACACCAGUGAUAGCUUAUGCCAUCACUGAAUCGGAGGCAAAAUUAUUAAAUGAUAUAAACAAAGAACAUUAUGGAAAUGGGAAAGAAUUCCAUUUAUUGGCAGGAAAAGAUUACAUCGUCGGUUUAGAAGAUCUUCAUAACUUUUAUUUGAUAGACUUAUGUUAUAAAAAAUUAGAGCGCAACAAUAAUUCAGGUUUCGAAGACAUAUGCUUUUUCAUACGUAUUGACUCUAAUGCUCACUCCUGUGUACCAUAUUAUACUCAAAAUGGCCAAAAAUAUUUGGCUUUAUUUUACUUUGAGGGAGAUACAGAAAAUCUUAUGCAACGAGCUGUGCAAUUAGAAAAUUGGGAUUUGGCCUAUCUCAAGUUUUGUUGGAAAAUUCAAGGUGUUAAGGAUAAGUUUUUGCUAUUGACUCCUGCUCAGUGGUCGGCUUCGAUGAUAUCAAAAAUUUGUAUCCACCAUAAACACUCUUUGAGGAUAUUUGGCCAGCUGAAAUGGCUAAAUCACAUCUCUCAGCUUAUCGGAAGUCUUUCCAGACCGAGACACCAGGUUCCUGGUUCAAAUUAG